AUGGCUGGUGGAAAGAAACAUCAAAAUAAUCCUGUCUCAGAAAAUUUGGAAAAACUGAUUCAGCGAAAAGCCAAAGUUGUUGAAAAUAUUGAAAGAAUAAAAAGGUCAAUUAUUGAAAAGACUAUUUCUUUCAAUACCUUUGAGAUCGAUUGUCGAUUGGAAAUUUUAAAAGACCAUAUCGCUCAAGCUAUGGAGUUUCAGUCGGAAUUGGAUAUUUUAGAUCCGACAAAUGACGACAGAUCCGAGCUUGAAGAUUUAUGUGUUACCACGAAGUCUCUAUUGUUAAGUCUUCAGGCCAAGAAUAGAAGACCGAGCUUGCAGGAAACUUCAUUCAUGCAACCUCAUCAUUCUAGGCUUCCAAAUAUGCGGCUCCCUAAAUUCAGCGGAAAAUAUUCCGAUUAUAAAAAUUUUAUGAGCUUGUUUGAGAAUUUGGUACACAAUGAUCAUACAUUGACAGAUAUUGAGAAAUUUAACCAUCUUAUAUCAUGUUUAACUGAUGAGGCUUUAGGAACAGUUAAAGCUUUUCAAGUAACUGAAGAAAAUUACCCCAAGGCAUUAGCGAGCUUGAAAAAAGUUUAUGAUAAUGACUGUCUAAUUUUUCUGAAAAAUAUUUCAAAAUUAUUCGAUCUCCCUGAGAUUAGUAACCCUUCAGCUCCAGCUUUGAGAAACAUGAUUGACACGGUUUCCGCCAUUUAUGAUUCUUUAUUGUCAAUUGGCGAUGAUAAAAAGAUUUCUAAUGCGAUUUUAAUUCAUCUAGUGAUGUCGAAAGUUGAUCCAGUCACUAAAUCCAAAUGGGAAGAACAGCUUGAUUUCGAAAAGCUCCCACUUUGGUCUGACUGCGAGGCCAUGUUAAACAAAAGGUACCAGCACAUUUCGGCUGAUGAAUCUUCGGGUUCAAAGCCCAAAAACUCUAAAAAUAAAAAUGAAUUCGUGCCUAAGAAACAUUCGAAGACAUCACUAUCUGUAACAAAAUCGAAACAACCUGUUGAAAAAUGUCUAUUCUGUAAAUCUGCUGAGCAUAAUAUAUACAAUUGCUCCUUUUUCGCAACAGUGCCAGUUCUUCAAAGGUUUGACUUUAUAAAAGCUGCACCUGCAUGUAUAAAUUGCCUUAAAAAAGGUCACACCGUAGCGAGAUGUAGUUCUCAAAAGUGCAGAGUUUGCGGCGGAGCACAUAACAAGCUUUUGCAUCGCUAUAGUUCUGAAACUCAAAGUGCGAAUACUGCGUCGAAUUUUUCGCCAGAUCUUCCAUCAACUUCUAAUGCUGCAGUAAAUCAUUCAGCAUCUGAUGUGAAUGUUAUUCUUGCCACAGCUGUGGUAAAAGUAAAAUGUAGUUCUGGUGAUUACAUACUUGCAAGAGCAUUAUUAGAUUCCGGUUCACAGACAAAUUUGAUUACCGAGGAACUUGCUCAAAGGCUUAGAAUAAAACGAAAAGGAGGCAGAUUAAAUUUAACAGGCAUUGGUGAAGUUAGUUCUGUAGCUAAAACUAAUAUAGAGAUCUCCGUUAUGUCGAGGGUUAAUUCCACUCAAUUCUCUUCAAAGUUUUGGGUGUUGAGUUCAAUUACGAAUUUCCAACCUGAUCGCAGGAUUUGCACUACUAAUUGGAAUAUUCCAAGAAAUGUUGAAUUGGCAGAUCCUGAAUUUUAUAAACCUCAGAAAGUAGAUUUGUUAAUUGGUGGUGAAAUGUUCUUUGAACUAUUAUGUGUUGGACAAAUUAAGUCUAAUCCGAGCCUACCAGUUCUUCAGAAAACAUCUCUUGGCUGGAUUGUUGCUGGAAAAUGUGAUCAGUCAAAGGGCUCUAGUUCAAAAAUAUGUCAUGUUAGCAACAUUAUAGAAAACGAGGAAGCUAUUGAUUCAAUUGUACGUAAAUUUUGGGAACUUGAAGAAGUUUCUCAUGAACAAACAUGGAUUUAUAAUGAGGAACAGCAAAAAUGUGAGGACAAUUUUAAGAAUUCGGUUCGACGUUUACCGUCAGGACGUUUUGAAGUCUCACUUCCUUUCAAAUCGGAUACUAAUCUUUUAGGGUCAUCUUUUGAUACUGCCAAACGGCGAUAUUUAGCGCUUGAGCGCAAACUUUCUAAUGACGAAAAUAUGAGAGAAAUGUAUCACGAUUUUAUGAAAGAGUAG